AUGUUCCUCCCUCUAGGCAACCAGCAAGGCCUUGGACAGCAGCAGACCCUCGGCCAACAACAGGGUCUGGGACAGCAGCAGGCCCUCGGAGCUCAACAAAGUCUCGGCCAUCAACAAGGCCUCGGCCAGCAGCAGGGCUUGGGUCAACACCAAGGCCUUGGACAGCCACAAGGUCUCGGUCAUCAGCAAAGCUUGGGUCAACAGCAGAGUUUAAGUCAACAGCAGGGCCUAGGCCAGCAGCAGCAGCACCAGCACCAGCAACACCAACAUCAACAGCAUCAGGCGCACCAACAACAUCAACAGCACCAACAGCACCAACAACACCAGCAGCAGCACCAACAGCAACAACAACAACAGCAGCAGCACCAGCAACAGCAUCAACAGCAGCACCAACAACAGCAGCAGCAGCACCAACAGCAGCAGAGUCUGAACCAACAGCAGCAGAGUCUGAACCAACAGCAAACCCUCAGCCAGCAGCAGCAACAAAGUCUUGCGCAGCAGCAUCAGCAGCAGACCCUGAGUCAACAACAGAAGCUGAAUCAGCAGCACAGUCUUCAUCAGCAACAGCAGAACUUGACCCAGCAGCAGAUCAAAAAUGAGCCGAUUCUUUCCCACCAAGCUCAGCCCCAGGCCCAGGCCCAGGCCCAGCAAACCCUGUCUCAGCCUACACCUCCCACGGUGCAGCAACAAUUGCCGCAGGCUCCCCAGGUCCAGCAAAUACAGCAAGUUCCGCAACAAGUUCAGCAAGUUCAGCAGGCCCAACAAGUGCCGCAGGCUUCUCCGGUCCAGCAGCAAGUGCAACAGCCCCCGCAGCCUCGACCCGAGACGCCGGCUCAGGCCAGCGAGCACCAUGGUGACAGCAUGGAGGUCGAAACGCUGGCCGACGGUGACGACUCGCUCGAACCCAAAAUGCUGGACGGAACCCCAUUCGUCCCUCGGACACCAAUGGGAGAGAUGAUGUCAGCUCCACCAGAGGGAGGCAGCUUUCCGACCCUGGAGGCCGUUCACAAAAGCGUUCUCGCGUACUGCACGUCAGUCGGUUACGCGAUUGUCAUUGGACGCUCCAAGAAGACAGUCCCUGGCCUGAAAAAGGUUCUGUUCGUAUGCGACCGAGCAGGCAAGCCUCCGAGUCGUGUCAGCCCCGAAUUCCGCAAGCGCAAGACAUCGUCACGCAAAUGCGAUUGCCAGUUCGGCUUCUUCGCCAUCGAACAGCGAACCCAGUGGACGAUCCGAUACCGACCCGAUCCGCAACACCUGCAGCACAACCACGGGCCGAGCGAAAGCCCGCUCCUCCACCCGGCCGCUCGCAAGUUGGACAGCAAGAUGGUCGCCGCCGUCAAGGCUCUCAAGGAGAACGGUGAGCCGACAAAGACCACACCACGGGAAAGAGCAGCCGCUGACUCUUCGACAGGGGUUAGUGUUAACGAGACGCUCGAAAUACUUCAAAACGAAAACCCUCAUGUUCCCCUACUCCCUCGCGACAUCUACAACGCCCGGGCUGCGAUCAACCGGAAUCCACAAAAGGUGGCCACUGGACUGGCUGAGAACCGACCGGCGAUCUACAGCAAACCACACCCCACGGCUGAAGAGCGCAUCCGGGCAGACCUCCGGAAGGAGCUCGCCAAAGCCCGUGAGGAGUUUGACAAGUUCAAAGAGGACAAGCAAAAGGAGGUGGAUGAGCUGAAGGAGAAGCUCAAGGAGAAGGACCAGAUCAUUGAGAGGUUCGAGAUGUUUAUCGACAUCUGUAACCAGCGUGUCAUGGUUCAGCGGGAAAGGCUCGGUGGCGCUGAGGGGGCUGCCAACAGCGGUAGCUAA